GUUCUUGUUGGGGGUUCAGCAGAGUUGUUUUUAUCAAGUCAGCAGUGGGAAGGAAGGAAGUGAAUAGAAAGCGGGUAGUAGCAGCAGCAGUCGAAGUGUCCCGACCCGAACUCUCACUCUCCCCGCAUAAUAUCCAGAGAGAUAUAUCCCUGGGACGACUUUUCCCCUUCACUACUCGUCGUCCUGUCACAUUCACAAGCCAGGAGAAGCACCAACCCCAACCACCAACUGCAACUCUCCUGCAUGUGAACUCGGUCCACUUUCUCUCGCUCGCCGAACAAGGGAAGAAAGUCCUUUACUACGCGCACAACUUAUACUGCCCUGGCAUUUUACUGCCUCAGAAUCGGAAAAUUCAGCCCCUUCUUCUUCCAUCCACUUCCCUUUCCAACACCCAUAUUGGAUUCCAGGCAGUCCAGGAAAAUAAUAUCCACUCCUCAGUGGCUGCAACAAAUUCAAUUUCUUGGCCCUCGUUAAAUAGCAUUAUAAUUUAUACUGUAGUACUACUUCCUGCCAUAAUCCUUCAUAACCACGGUCGCAAUAAUAUUCUACAUGAAUCUCUAAACCAAGCUACAUUACAUAUACAACUACAACUCCUACUACGGAUAACUGAAAUGAAGAAAGCAAUAAAUUUUUAAAAGCAAUAUUGGUCCUGAAGAUUGAGAAUUUAUAAUCGGUUAAGUGAAUGCAUAUAUAAAAAUCGUCAAAGGUUAAAAAAAGCUGAUAGGUCGGAGAGACUAUAUAGUUUCUAAUACUUCUUAUUAACCACUUGGAUUAUAUAAUUCACAAAGUUAUCGUAUUCCAAAGAGUCGUAUAAAUUAGCUUUAAAAACAGUAAUUCAACCCAACUCUGUGCUACCUAGUGCUAUAUAAUUACACUUGUCUAAAAAGUUUGUUGGUCUUUUCUACCACUACGUCAGCUACGUGGUGGUUUUCCUGAUUUAUAUGAAUGGAGUCAAUUGUUGAAAACUGACUUUUCAAAUGGUUGUGAUACUAAAUAAUGGACCAAUUAGUGGCGCAGGCUACCAACAGCAACCAUUAUUGACCACACCCACAACAUGCCACCCUUUCGGCGCAGCGCCUCCCGCGUUUUCUAACUCCACACCCACCACGCUCUGUUGUCUUCACUGUUGCCGUCCCCUCACUGUUCACCUUCGCGUGGGUUUACUGGGAUGUUCCCCCUAUCGAAAUCAUCAACACUCUACCAAUAGUCCGUGUGGAUCCCUUUUAGCCUGUAUCCCUUGUGGAAGGUGGUUUGACACCUCAUCCAGGCAAAAUACUUGGCUCGGCUCAUCCAUCUUCCUCAAUAACUGGAACAAUCAGCUCCUCUUAAGGUCCCAGUGUCGUACAAUUUUAGCUGGAGGACCAUCGAAUCAUCAUUGUAAUCGAAAUACCGUCACCCCUCCUGUAAAUCCUCAACUAUUGGGAAACCAUCUUCCGUUGCACUAUCUUAGUCAAAAUUCUUUAAAUAUUUCUGCUGGGCAUCGUCCAACAACUAACUCUUUAAUUCCAAACCCACCUGACGUGAGUUCAGCCACCAUCCGUCUCAACGAUUUUAAUCAUCCGACUGUGUGCCCUGGACUUGCAAACCCCGUCAGUGUUACAGUUUCUGUAAAUCCUUGCCUUGCGAACAGAACUCCACUUCCACAUUAUUACACACGAGGAGGACACAAAUUACUAAGAACUCGAAUCAGGCACCGUGGAAUGAUGGGUCAGAAAGUUUCAGUUGGUGGGGGAAAGUCAAUGUCUUCUCGAGAAACCACAACAAGAACUCCUGGACCACGGGAGCUCGCAGAAGAGCUAACUCCACCAGCGAGAUUAGAUAUGUUGCUGGAUAUGCCUCACGCAUCAAAGGAAAUUCAGCUAAAACACGCCUGGAAUUCGGAAGAUCGUUCACUAAACAUAUUUGUCAAAGACGAUGAAAAAUUGACAUUCCACCGUCACCCGGUUGCUCAAAGUACUGACUGUAUACGGGGGAAAGUAGGUUAUAGCAAGGGGCUUCAUGUGUGGGAAAUUCACUGGUCAACCCGGCAAAGAGGAACGCACGCCGUUGUCGGAUGUGCCACAUCUGAAGCACCUUUAAAUUCUGUUGGUUAUCAGAGCUUAGUUGGUAGCAAUGACCAAUCAUGGGGGUGGGACUUGGGAAGAAAUAAACUUUACCAUGAUAGUAAAAAUACAGCGUCUGGAACCACAUACCCCGCAUUAUUAAAACCGGAUGAGAAUUUUGUUGUACCAGACACGUUUCAAGUGGUGUUGGAUAUGGAUGAGGGGACACUGGCCUUUGUAGUAGAUGGUCAAUAUUUGGGAAUAGCUUUCAGGGGAAUGAAGGGAAAGAAAAUGUACCCGAUAGUUUCUGCAGUGUGGGGUCACUGUGAGAUAACAAUGAAAUACAUUGGGGGCCUUGACCCGGAACCAUUACCUCUUAUGUUCUUAACACGCCGUGUCCUUCGACAUUGCGUCGGUAGAGAUCGUCUUCAUCGUAUCAAUGAACUCAACCUACCCCCAGCAUUGAUAGACUAUCUCCUUUACAAGGAGCGUCGGUAACAAAACUCCUCCUCUUCAUGAUCUUGUUUCAUCCAAUGCUGGUUUAUAGCAUGUAUUCAUUCUAUAUAUUAUUAUGAACAACGACUAUCAGUGAAUAUCUUUUUAAGACUUUUGUAGACCACGAUCUGCCGAUUUUAAAUUAAUAAUUAAGAAGACCGUUUGGCGUACUGCUGGUUUAAUCUAUUCCCAGUGAUAACAAAAAUCAACAAAUUAUUAAUUUCCGUAUCCGAGCUAUUUUUAUGAAACUCGUUUAAUUUGUCACUUGUCUUUGGCUGUCGAUGUCAAUUUGUGAGACAUGUGUGCGAAUGCAGAAACUGACAGAUCUCUUUAUGACAACAUCUUUUGCAAAGUUCCAAAUAUUCCAGUUUGUAACUUGACUUUGAUGAUUGUUUAAUCUGAGGAGCCGUUUUGUAAAAUCAAAUUUAAUCUAUUACAGACAGACUGUACUGCAAUCGUAAAGCCAGUUUUUAUAGAUAAGAUGUACCAAUUAAAUGUCCUAUGAUUUGCAGCUAAUUUGCUGUGCAACUAUGUUUACUUACUUAUAUACAUACAUGUACUGUUUUUUUAGUAAUAUUCAUUUUAUUGAAUCGAUAAUGAAAAUGUUGUGCUGCUGUUUUAAUAAGUGUAAAACUACAUAGCCAAAUUUUAGUUAGUAUAUAUGCAAGCUAUAUUUUUUGUAGCAAAUCCAAUAUACUUGCUGUACAGUUGUCUCCACUAAACUUGUGAAAUAACUUGUUUUAAUUACAUCCACAUUUAUCUGCCCAGAUAUUGGUACACAUAAAAUUACCUCUCUUACUAUCUCUCUCUCUCUCUUCUAUUGUAUUGCUACAUCAUGAAUCUGAUGGGCGAAUUUCGUACACGCUUUUGUAAAUAUGUAGAGGAGUACAAAAACAAGAAGAGCAAGUACCGCAUUGUGUUAUAAAAGUCUUCGUUUAGUCCACGUUAAGUUACUUCAUUAGUCAUGAUGUAAGACUGCCUCUCAACAAUAUUGUCAGCAUUGCGGAGCUGAGUGAUCUUCAAAAAUUCACAACCUCGUUUUCAAAAUCUCUUCUAGACCCGUGUAAAAUUCAUCACUAAACAACAACAACAAUUAACCAGACCAGAAGGAAAUAAUUUCAAGUUCAGUCUAUCCAUCCCUUCUACGCCCGCCCACCUCUGGCCCUAUAUUUCAUGGUAAUUCAAUAAACGUGAGGGGUUCAAGUUUCUUUCAACAGCCCUGUGAAAGUAAGUCGACCUGUGACCAGUGAUUUGUGUCGAUAUGUUUGCCGUCAAGCAUCGCAGCUAAUUAGGGCAGUAACAAGUUGUGGAUAGAAAGUUAAAUUCAUACAGAUUAAUCUGAAACGAACGUUUUCAUGAGAUUCAACUCUUGUGUAAGACAAUGUAAUUAGUAAUUAUUAAAAUUCAAAUAUUUCCAACUGGAAUUUUACUCCAUGCAUUUGUAAAUUUAAUUUUUAAAAUACAUCACAAUAUAAUGUAGAGGAAACGUUUUGACGAAAAUAAACUCAGCGGUUUGCGCACUCCUGAA